AUGCCGCUGCGGCUUAGCUUUCAUAGCACGCGGUGCGGCCACUCCCACGCCGGCGGGGGCGCACGCGGUGUGAUUUUGUAUCUUAUUUGCUCGCAAAAUGACAAGUUUGCGUGCAAAUUUGCUGCAAAUUUGACAUUUCAAAUCCAUAAGAGUGACACUAUGGAUUCCGGGUGA